AUGACUAUAAUAAGGCCAAUUUGGACUUACGGAGUUGAGCUAUUGGGUUCCACUAAACCAUCCUCUAAUCUGGCCCAAUCCAGAUACCUAUCCUUCCAUAAUAAACUUCAGAAUCAUCCCAAUUCUCUCGUUUCUAACCUUGCUUCAUCUUCAAUUCCUGAUAACCCUCCGAGGCGUCUGAAAAGAAGAUGGCCCCGUGAUCUCCUAAUACCCUCGUUGGAUGAAAUCCGGUGCUGGGGAAAAUCCUUCGACAAAUUAAUGCGAAACUCAGCUGGACGUAAAGUUUUCCGGGAGUUCCUGAGAUGUGAAUACAGUGAAGAAAACAUUCUUUUUUGGCUAGCUUGCGAGGAACUCAAGCGGGAAGGAAAUCCCGACCUCAUUGAAGAGAAGGCGAGAUUUAUUUAUGAAGAUUAUAUCUCCAUUCUAUCUCCGAAAGAGGUAUAUUAA